GUGUUGACUCGAGAAAUAACAUAGAUAGCUCAGCUCAGUGACAGUGUGGUUGAAAUUGAGAUUGGUGUACGACUUUAAACUCCCUAUCUAGUGUAAAUUGAUUUGUUUAACAACCCCCAAAUACGGGGUACAAUGGCUGAAUACAGCCAGGCGGGUAUAUUGACGGCUAUGCUACUGUUCACGGUAGUCACUGUGCGGGAUAUUUAUAUCGGCAAAAAUACGGCUCAGCAGCAACAGCAGCAGGCCGUUGGCAACCUCGACAGUGGGCCUGAAAUCCACCGGGACCUGGAUCCAGAGAAACUGAGCAAACAUAAACUGUACACUGGGCCAGUUCUAAAAUUUCAGUAUUGCAUUUCCUGAGGGUACAGCAAGGUGUUCCAGGAGUACUCCCGUGCGAUCAGCCAGUUGUACCCGGACAUCCGUAUCGAAGGAGAGAACUACCCCCCCAAACCCAUCCACAAAUACAUUGCGAAUUUUGUUUCCUACUUCAAACUGCUCGCCAUCGCUCUUAUUGUUAGUGGACAAAAUCCUUUCACUUUUCUUGGAAUGGACACUCCAAGGAUAUGGUUUUGGAGCCAAGAUAAUAAGAUAUUUUCAUGCCUGAUGACUUUUUUCCUCAGCAAUAUGGUAGAAACCCAUUUCUUGUCCACAGGGGCUUUUGAAGUUGCACUUAAUGAUGUGCCGAUCUGGUCAAAGUUGCAGUCCGGACACGUACCCAAUAUCCAAGAACUCUUCCAAAUCCUCGAUAAUCACCUGAAGAUGAAUCAAGUGGACAAGAUCUCUUUCCCCACUCCGUAGCGCUGACUUCCGAGAUGACAGAUUAGUGGUUGGAGCCGUUUCUCAGGUCGGUGGGACUGUCCUGUGGCGUAAUGAAGGCCUGUGCGGAAAGCAGCUCGCUGUGAGUCCAGGCUGGAUACCCCUGCCACUGCGUCACCCUUCCACCGUCCCGGGAAACCCUCCGUCUGCUGAGGGAGGCCUCCGCCUCUCUGCUCGGCCCACGCCAAACCAUCACUCAUUCUGAUGCUCUCCACUGUGGCUGCACCGAGCGGAUUUCCUCCACCUCCCUGAACAGCCCUUUCCUCGGUCUUCUAGCGUCCGACGUCUGUGACCCUGUCGUAUGAUAACUGCUGCUGGUAGCCGUGGGUCUGUUCAGAAUAAACGGGUGUGACUGGCGUUCGUGUUCUCUUCAAAAGCUGAUCUCAUAGAUAUCUUAAUUCUUCUAUUAGGGGUACUGUAGGGAAGGGUUUGUGUCCUGGAGGCCACAAGCUGAAAGUUUUCCAGUGCUUGAAUUGGUUGAAUGUGUGUUUUUUGUUUGUUCGUAUUUGAAACAUGGUUUAGGUGCUUCUAAAGUACAGAUAAAAGGCGUUUUCAGUUUUCAGGGGGAAAAGGCUGUGUUGUGUAAGGGGCAAGCUGUGAAUGGCCAUUUUCUGAUGACUUUAGUGGUUGUGAUCUUGUUCCUAAGAACAUCCUGUCAACUUACAGUAACAUGGUAACCAUUUAUAAUCGUAUCAUGAUCAUCGAUAAUCAUUAACUAUGCCAAAGGUACUGAAGUAGAGAUCAAUCACUUGGGAGCACUUAUUGUAUUGAUGUCUGCUAGAAACCCCGUAGGGUCCUGGCAUUUGUUCAAUCUCAGGUCUUAAUGACUAGCUGGAGCCAUCGAUUGAAUGGUAACUUAAAUCAGAUGUUGAUCCAAUUGUCGGCAUCUGGUUGUAGUGCUUUGCUAAAGCUUUGAUGACUUGUUUGGGGAAAAGGUGCGAUUGCUCGCCUGAUUGUACACCACCGCUCUGCCCGUAUGACCACAUCGACGGCUGCCAUCCUCGCUCAUCAUCACUCGUUUACGUAGAUGGCGGCCGUGCUAGAGUUAGCACUCCAUUGCAAAGGUUCACCGAGGCAUACGCCAGAGCGGCCCAUAGCCCCUGAAUCCAUAGCCCCCGUAGCUGAAAUAACUACAUUGCCCCGCAACCCCAUAGCCCUGGCACCUGAUCUCCAAUGCCAGUACCCCCACCCCCCCACCAACGUCACCAAUUAAAUAAAGUGGGGUAGUAUGUAUUUUGUAAUGAUCGUUUAGUAUGAAUACAGUCGAUAACGCUCAAAUAUAGGUAGUAGGUAAAAGUUUCUAGUCUGUAGCUUGUUUAAUGGGCAUAAGUGUAAUUUCAAAUAUGACACUUAUUUCCUUAAACAUGCUGUCCUGAAGGGAGCUAUAUUCAUAUACUGUGGCAAAAUAAUGUAGUCAAUCCGGAGAAUGAAUGUUGCUUCUUCUCAGUGCAUAUAAUGCCCCCUCUGAAAGUGUAAUUGGAAUAUACAUACAACCUAUUUGCUACAGACUAUAUUUUGACAUUUUACCCAUGCCUGACUUGGCACAUUUAACAGUCAUCUCAGAGGUGGAAAUAUUUGAUGUUUAACUACACAACCCUGUGUGUGUAGAGUAUGACCUGAUUAAAUCUAAAAUGUGAAUUAUGUAUUUUCCCCCCGUUGCCGGGUGAUUCUUACUCCCAAUAAUGCACUCCUCUGUAUCCAUGUAUCUUGAUUUCUUUACUCGGAACCUGAUGGUGUUGGAGACGGGAAUUAAGGUGAAAGAUUAAACUCUAUGUGAAAAUCUUGUUCCUUUUUCUUUUAUUUGAACUGAUGUAUAAUAAAUACACCCAAAAAUGA